AUGGCCGAGCCGGAUGGCAUGAACGCUAUGUCCGACGCUCAAGUCCCGGUACCAGCUAGCGAUAACCUCGACCAUGAUCAAGAUGCACUUAUGGUCGAGCCUGAUGAUGAGGACAACAUGGCCGAUGCUCAGGUCUCGCUAUCACAAGUCGAGAACAUGGAUCACGAUCAAGACACACCUGUGCCUUCAAUCGAGCAAGUCCGCGAUCCUGACUCGCUGUUCAUUCCUGAAGACGAACCCCCUUCCCAGAUCCUUAAGCAUCAACAAGAACCCGUCGCACCCAUCGCCACUCCGCCAAUGCUUACUCCACCUCGUCCAAAGGUGGCCGGUUCAAUCAUUCAAAAGAUUCGCGCCAUGCAGAAAGAACGGCAGCAUCAGAAGCUGGUCGCUAGCAGACAAACACCAGCAUAUCCGACCAGCUCCAACCUUGACGAUGAGGCGUAUCUUGAGGCUGUCAGACCAGGACAGUCUUCAUCCGCUGCUGUUCCGGCUAUUAUUGAGGACGAUCUUGCGGACAAGAGAGCCAUCAAAGAUUUCCAAGCCAAGAAGCGCUAUUACGAUGAGGUGAAGAGGACGAAGGGUACUCUAUCAUUCGUAGAGCAGGUUGCGUGGAUGAAGAUAAGGGGUGUUGAGGAAGCCAGAAAGAAGAAGCGAUCUCGCGAUCUUGCCAAAGACAGAGAAGCGGAUGACGGCGAAGUUGACCUUUUCCCAGAGUUCAAUUUAACACGAAACAUUGAGGAAGAGGUGGAAUCUGAUCAUGACUUCGACUUCGCAGAUUCUGGAACUCGCAAGCGCCGCCGACCGAUGCCUACCAAAGAAGGACAGCCUAUGUCAAUGCAUGAUGCCGAGCUCCAGAGCAUGCAUGUGGCUCUUGAAGCAGAAGGCGACGCGUCACGGAAGAAGCAGAAGCGAGCUGUAGCUUCGGCCGAAGAACAGGCUUCUGUGCCUUCUGGUCGUGGCAAAGGCUCGAAGGGAAAGGGACCCGCGAAGCCAAGAUCUGGCCCUAAAAAGCCCGUCAGGGCUCGUGGUAAUAAGACUUCGAAGAAUAAACAGGACGCUAUUCACGCGGUCAAGCAAGCGGCGUCUUUGUUCAACGCCAAUGUCUUCCAGCAACAAGCCGGCGCUAACGCAGCUGACCAGCCAGGGUUCAGAUCAAGAAACAAAGCUGAUGCGUUGAGAGAGCUCAUCGCUAGCGUCCCGCUUGACGACAGAAAGAAGGCAACCACCGAUAUGAAUGUUCUGUUGAAAGCGACAAUAGACUUUGAUGGUACGGGUCAUGUCAAGGCAGACGGGAACGGUCUCUGGCGAGUGAGAGGUAUGAGCACGUCACUCAAGCCCUAUCAAGUGCUCGGUACCGCCUUCAUGCGUCGCCGGGAGAAUGGAUCUGAUGAACCGAAAGGUGGCUUGAUGGCUGAUCAGAUGGGACUUGGAAAGACUCUCAUGAUGCUAGCGAACAUGAUCAACGGUCGACCACCUAAGAACGAUACAGGCCCCAAGACAACUCUCCUUAUUGCGACUCCUGCACUCUUGACGCAAUGGAAGAAUGAAAUCGAGCUGCACACCGACGCCUCCAAAGUCAAUAUGAAGAUUAUGCGCUACGGCGCCGGUACGCGUCUUGACUCUACCAAUUCCGCUCAGAUUCUAGCAGGACACGACGUCGUUCUUACUACGUACACGGAAAUCAUGAAGUCGUAUCCCAAAAACGAACCGCCUAUCGAAUGCCAAACUGCCGAGCAGAAGCUAGCUUGGUGGAGGGAAAUCUUCGAGAAUGAGAGGGGUCCUCUACACCGCAUGAUGUUCUUGCGCAUCGUUCUCGAUGAGGCUCAGGCUAUCAAGAACCAUAUGUCGCGAACAUCGAUCGCAUGUCGAGCUUUGAUGGCGCAUCACAAGUGGGCCCUCAGCGGUACACCAAUUCUCAACAGCCUGACUGAGCUGUACCCUUACUUCAAGUUCCUUGGUGUCCCUCACACUGGCAGCUUCAAGAUAUUCAAGCACAAUUACUGCGACAGUAAGAAUGACGAGAACACCGAGAGACUGCUAGUGCGCCUUUCGCAGUUCAUGAUUCGACGCACCCACGCCGACGAGAUGUUUGGCGCUCCCAUCCUGAAGCUUCCUCAGGCUGACCAGUCGACUUACUGGUGUGAUUUCAAUUCCGUCGAGAGGAGCAUCUACGACAUUGUUCGCGCACGCUUUGCCAAAUGCAUCAACAUGUGGGCGCAGAAUGGCACUCUGGACAAGUCAUACAGCAACGCGUUGGUCAUGCUUCUUCGCCUUCGUCAAUUGACCGGCCACAUCCUCAUGCUCCAAUUCGUCAUCCGUGACCUUCUCGAGCGCGAAGACAUUGAGGCCAUCAAGAGUGUGGUCGAUAAUGAGGCCAAGAACCCGAAGAACCAGAAUGGAAAGACGAUCAUUUCAGUUCGCAAGCAGCUUGAAAAGGUUGCUGCUGACCAGAAGAAGAAGACUGCCGCUAUCGAAGCCAAGAAAGCUGCCACCAAGAAAGCUGCCAAAGCUAGGAAAGACGCUGCCAAGAAAGCUGCCAAAGAGCGAGGAGAGGCUUACGUGUCAGAGGACGAAACUGCCAACGCCAAUGCCAUCGACAAAGACGAUGAUUUACUGGAAGAAGAGUUCGACCAGGUAGUCGAAGAAGACCCUGCAGAUGAUCUGAUCCAAAAGUUCACCACAGGCGGCGAAUUCGGCAAGGACUUCAACUUCAAGCCCUUCCUCGGCAGCCUCAAGACAGGUGAGAGUUGGGAGAAGACAAAGCAAAAGGCGAAAUGCGGCUGGUGUGGAAAGCAACCCCGAGCGCCGCAUAUAACGUCCUGUGGUCACCUCAUCUGCAAGGAGCCUUGCUACGAGAAUGAGGUGAUCCUUCCAAUGGCCGAGGAAGACACGGAUAUAAUCCCACCAUGCAAGGCUUGUGGUGCUACUCCUACCCAUAUUAUUCCUUGUGAGGUAGAUGAGGACGAUACACCUGAUGCACCUGCACGAGGCACACGAGCCAACAAGAAGAAGAACAAGGAAAAGCAGCGCGCACGCCUCGGUCAAGAAGACAUUGCAGAGAAUUGGCUUACUUUCGCUGGCGAUGACGUCCUACCCUCUGCGAAGACCAUUGCUGUCAAGAGCCAGAUCAUCAACUGGCUCAAGGAGAACGAACAAGUCAAGAUCAUCGUCUAUACGCAGUUUCUGGCCAUGAUUCGCAUUCUGGCACAGGUAUUCAAGAAAGAAGGUUGGCAGUUUGCAGAAUACCAUGGCAAAAUGAGCCUGAGCGCCCGCGAUAAGGCCAUCAGUUCGUUCGCCGAGAACCCAGAUUGCCAGAUAAUGCUGGCGUCUCUGCGUUGUGGCGGCUUGGGCCUCAACCUGACCAUGGCGUCCAAGGUCAUCAUGAUCGAUCCCUGGUGGAACUCGGCCUCCGAACAGCAGGCUUUCUGCCGCGUGUUCCGCAUCGGCCAGCGCGAGGAGACGUUCAUGAGCCGUCUCUGCGUCAAGAACACGGUCGACGAGCAUCUCAUCGGCAUGCAAGAUCGCAAGGACAAGGAGAUUGCUGCGAUCAUGGAGGACGAUGGCAAGACUAUGAAGAAGAUGGACACACGCACGCUGAUGCGAUUGUUCGGCAACUUGGAGGAGGACCCCGAUGGUAAGCCUUUCAUCAUGGUCGAUAACCCCGAUCCACGCGGUGGUUUCAGGGCUGAUCGUGAUGACGAGGGCUAUGCCGACGAUCUCUAG